UCCAACGUCGUGGGAAUUCCAGCCAGUCGCCGAAGGACAUCUUCACUAUUGAGAUGCCAAUGCCUCCCACUCCACAUCCGCAAACUUCUACAGCAUGGCUGAAUGGUGUCCGCGGUCUCGCUGCCCUCAUCGUCGCCUUUGUCCACUUCAUCGCUGGCGAAGUGGAUCCUCCCUUCAGCGCCUUUUCUGCUGAACCCCCCCACGAGAACCGUCGCAUUUACCAACUACCGCCAUUUCGCAUUAUAUUUGCCGACCAGGCGAUGGUGGCUCUCUUCUUCGUUGUUUCUGCCUACUCAAUCUCCAUUGGACCCCUCAAGGCACGAGAAUCUACACCCAGGGGGAACUUUCUAGACAGUUUGUCAUCGUCUGUGUUUCGUCGCCCAAUCCGACUGUACAUGCCUGUUGCAGUGCUCGAAUUUCUAUCACACAUUGCGUAUUACCUAAACCUGUACAGAUGGUCGUCUCUUCCCGACGAGAAACUCGAAACGCUGGGUGACCAUAUCAAGCAUUACUUUUCGUACAUGCUACAUUUGGCGAACCCGUUUUUUCCUUUUCAAAUAGCCCUCAAUAUUCAGGUCUGGACGAUCCCCGCUGAGUUCAUGGGCUCGUGUUUUGUGUAUUUGACGAUCCUCGCGACGGCGAACUUGCGACCCGCAGCUAGGCUUGCCGUUAUUGUUUUGAUCGCAGUCAUAGCUAUCUGGCAUCUCAGCUGGUUGCUAUCCACCUUUAUGUGCGGCCUCGCUAUCGCGGAAUACCAACUCCUCCAGCACACUUUCAUCUCGGAUUCAACAAGAAUAUCCAGAUCGCGGACACAAGGUCUUCCGCUUAACAGCGCCCUCAACACCAUACUCUUCGUGCUCGGCUUCUACCUCUUGUGCAUCCCCGAACACCCUGCCGACGACCCUUGGGGAAGCGAGUACCGAAUCUUCAGCACAAUCGGUCCAUCCUUGCCCUCCGACCAACUUCCAAAAGCGCAAAUGUGGCGAAGCAUCGGCGGCGUCAUGUGUAUGUUUGCUACAAGCCGUUCGCCAACCCUCCAAAUGCUCUUCAACACACGCGUGGCGCAAUAUCUAGGCAAAAUAUCGUUUGGACUGUACCUCGUACAUAUCCUAAUUUUCUCGUUGUUGAGGAACGAGCUGGUCCAACUGUUCUGGUGGGUUAUUGGGGAAGACAGUGUGUUUGGGUGGAUUGGCGCUGGGGCUGUUUUGGGGCCAUUGGUUGUCUGGUGUGGGGAUUUGUUUUGGAAGGUGGUGGAUGUCAGGGCUGUUAGGUUGGCUAGGUGGGUGGAUGGGAGGCUUAGGGCGCAAAAUUGA